CCCCCACCCUCCAUCCCCUUCGGGCUCUGGCCGUGAAUGCUGCUCUCUUCCCGCCCUUGCAGCAGACCUGAUUCUUAUCAAUCCGUGCGUAACCUCGGACUUUGGCACGCAGGGAGACAAUGACUCAGCGCACAUAAAGCCCAGCGCGCUGCCUGACCGACCCUGCCCAUCGAAGAGGCGGCUCUUGCAAAACACCGAGCUCUCAUCCAACAAGGUUAUCAUCUGUCACCACUGCACUUCGCCCUCUGAACAUUCGUCUUGAUUUCCACAAUGGACGGAGCAUACGCACUGUCCCCCGCCAACGGCCACGAUGAGGCGGUAGUCACCCUCCCGAAGGCCAAGGACUUGAGCCACCACCUCAACAGCCUUACCAAGCGCCGCGUCGCCAACAAGCUCAAGGAGAUGUACCAAUACUCCGGGGUGCCAGGCAUGGUAUCGCUCGCCGGCGGUAUCCCCUCCCCCGCCUACUUCCCAUUCGAGAGCUUGUCGGCGGAAAUCCUCCCCUACGACCAUUUGCCACUUGACAACCCUCGCGUCCCAGCCAAGCCCAAGACUUCGCUGCUGUCAUGGCUCUUCGGAUCAAGCUCGGGCUCGAGCCAGGCUGCUCCCACGAUCACUGUUCCCAAGUAUGCCAAGAAUCCCAAGGACCCGUACGCUGUCCAGCUCGCCACAUCCCUCCAAUACCAGCUGGCGACGGGGCCUCCUGCAUUCCCCAAGUUCCUGCGCGAGUAUGUGAAGACUGUCUACAAGCCGGGCUAUGCCGACUGGGACGUUCUCCUCGAUGACGGUGCGACGGACGGGUUCAACAAGGUCUGCAACCUCCUCGUGGAAGUCGGUGACACUAUCCUCGUCGAGGAGUGGACGUACCCUGGAGCGGCAAACGCCUACCUCCCGUACGACACGACCAUUGUCGGCGUCAAGAUGGAUGGCCAGGGUAUCAUCCCCGAGGAGCUGGAAUCGCUCCUCUCCAACUGGGACGACUCGAAGGGCCGCUUCCCUAGACUGCUGUACACCGUCCCCACGGGCCAGAACCCGACCGGUGCCACAAUGCUCGGCGAGCGCAAACAGGCGAUCUACGCCCUCGCGUCCAAGUUUGAUCUGAUCAUUGUCGAGGACGAGCCCUACUUCACGCUGUACAGCGGUGCCUACACCCCGCGAGACGCCAAGCUCUCGCCAGUCGCCCAGUACCAGCGCGACCUGGAGAAGAAGGAGGGUAAGGAAGGCAACGAGGCGUUUAUCAAGGCUCUCCCUCCCACGUACCUCCGGUAUGACACCGAGGGUCGCGUCAUUCGCCUCGACACCUUCUCCAAGACGUCAGCCCCGGGCUCGCGUCUGGGCUGGAUCACGUCGAACCCCCUGUUCAUUGAGCGCCUCACCCGCAUCUCCGAGUCGAGCACCCAGGCGCCCAGUGGAUUCGCAACCUCCCUUACGGUCACACUCCUCAACACCUGGGGUCUCGACGGCUACAUUCGCUGGCUUCGUGGCCUCAAGGGCGCGUACACUGUGCGCCGCGACUGGCUCAUCGACUCGCUGGCAGACGUGUUCCACCUCGAGUUUGAGGAGGACAACGUUCACAACCCCAACGUCUUGACUGUGGCUGGGAUUGGACGUGGUGCCACUGCCUACGCUCGCCAGCUUCCCGGCAGCAGCCAGGCUCUCUGGGACGAGAAGCGCGGCACGUCUUCUCCUCACGGCAAGCCCCUCGUGUCGUUCGUGCCCCCGACCGCGGGCAUGUUUGUCUGGCUCGCGGUCCACCUGAACCAGCACCCCGAGUACGAGUCCCUCGGACCCGACGCCACCAACAUCCUGCUCAGGCGACUGUGGCUCAAGCUUGCCGACCACCUCGUCCUGUUUGCCCCAGGCUUCGUCUUUGCACCCGACGCCGCUCCUACAGACAACACUGGCGUAGGCUACUUCCGCCUCUCGUACUCGAUCAUCACGUACGAGGAGAGCCGGACCGCCAUCAAGACGUUCGAGGAGGUCCUUGUCAAGUUCCUCCACGGCCGUAGCUAGGCUGGAGAAAACGUCAAGAGGUUGUAUAAGUACAAGUAGAUGCAUUUGGGAUCG